CCUUCCAGCAACACCAAUAAUUCAAUCUGUACUACCUAUUCAAUAUGAAGACACUCGUGCUUUUUGCUGGACUCGUCUGUGCGCUUUGCAUGUUUACUGUCGCUCAGGCCGACGACGUGGAUGGAGUUGCCGAGGUUAGAAAUGACUUGGGAGCACCUUUGACUGUGGAAAAUGUCGAACCUUUGAGAAGCUUAAGACGACAAAAGCGUUUUACGUGCGAUGUGCUGGAGAGCACUGAGGCUUGUAUAUUCCAUUGCCUGCUGCUUGGCCGACGUGGUGGUUAUUGCAGCCGCCAAAAAGUCUGUAUUUGUCGAUUGUAAAGAUUUGUUAUUAUAAUGAUUGAAUAAA